GAAAUCUCAGGAGGAAUGAAACAAGAUAUGGCUAUAGUUUUCCAAGGAACAAUUCCUGUAGAUGCAACUAGAUUUGCAAUUAAUUUCAUGACGGGGCCAUCUGGAAAAGAUGACGUUGCUUUCCACUACAACCCUCGCAUUGGUUAUUGUACUGUUAUGAACAGCAGAACAAAUGGAAGCUGGGAAAAACAGGAAGAUGCAUGUCAUAACCCUUUCACCAAAGGAGGAGCCUUGAUUAUUCUAGUAGUCAUCAAUUCUGAGGGCUAUGAGGUCUAUGUUAACGGCAUGAGACACUGCACAUUUAAGCACCGCAUUCAUCCAUCAAAAGUUUCUAAUAUUGCCAUUGAUGGAAAUAUUUCACUUCUCGUCUGGGGUUUGAUUGAUAGCUGGAGCACAACUGCAUCCUCUACAGAACUGAAGAAAAUCACAAGCACUUGGACCUCAACUUCGAUAUCGACAACCUCUCCUUUUGAGAUUUCAAAUCCAGUCAGUAAGCCUGCACUUCCCUAUGUGGGCACAAUUCAAGGAGGGUUAAAACCAGAUACAGCUAUAUUCUUACAAGGGACUGUUCCUGCAGAUGGAAAGAACUUUGAAAUUAAUUUCAAAACUGGGCCAACUGAGGCUGAUGACAUUGCUUUCCACUACAAACCUAUCUUUGGUGAUUGUACUGCUCUAAACAGCAAAAGAAAUGGAAGCUGGGAGACACAGCAAAAUGAAUCUGAUAAACCCUUCACCAAAGGAGGAUCCUUCCAGAUUUUUAUUGCUGUCAAACCAGAUGCCUAUGACGUCUACGUGAAUGGUUCCAAACAUUGCACAUUCAAACACCGACUUCCUCUAGAAAAAGUUUCAACAUUAAAUUUCAAAGGAGAUGUUUCCCUGUUCAUAUACGGCUUGAUUCAGAAAUGGACAAGUCCAUUUGUCUCCAUCAAAGAGAAGAAAACUUUACUGAUGGGAAGUGGAAGCACAAGCUUUAUCCCAUUAGAAGUUAGGGAUCCAAUCAGCAAGCCAGCAGUUCCAUACAUUGGUGAAAUCCCAGGCAGUGUAAAACAAGAUAUGGCGAUAGUUUUCCAAGGAACUGUUCCUGUAGAUGCAACUAGCUUUGAAAUUAAUUUCAUGACUGGACCAACAGAAAAUGAUGACAUUGCUUUCCAGUACAACCCUCGCAUUGGUGAUUGUACUGCUCUGAACAGCAAAAGAAAUGGAACCUGGGAGACACAGGAAAGUGCAUGUCAUAAUCCUUUCACCAGAGGAGGAGCCUUUAUUAUUCUAACAGUCAUCAAUUCUGAGGGCUAUCAGGUUUAUGUGAAUGGGAUAAAACACUGCACAUUCACGCAUCGCCUUCCCCUAGAAAAAGUUUCCAAUAUUAACAUUCGUGGAAAUAUUUCCCUUCUCGUCUGGGGUUUGAUUGAUAGCUGGAGCACAACUGCAUCCUCUACAGAACUGAAGAAAAUCACAAGCACUUGGACCUCAACUUCGAUAUCGACAACCUCUCCUUUUGAGAUUUCAAAUCCAGUCAGUAAGCCUGCACUUCCCUAUGUGGGCACAAUUCAAGGAGGGUUAAAACCAGAUACAGCUAUAUUCUUACAAGGGACUGUUCCUGCAGAUGGAAAGAACUUUGAAAUUAAUUUCAAAACUGGGCCAACUGAGGCUGAUGACAUUGCUUUCCACUACAAACCUAUCUUUGGUGAUUGUACUGCUCUAAACAGCAAAAGAAAUGGAAGCUGGGAGACACAGCAAAAUGAAUCUGAUAAACCCUUCACCAAAGGAGGAUCCUUCCAGAUUUUUAUUGCUGUCAAACCAGAUGCCUAUGACGUCUACGUGAAUGGUUCCAAACAUUGCACAUUUAAACACCGACUUCCUCUAGAAAAAGUUUCAACAUUAAAUUUUAAAGGAGAUGUUUCCCUGUUCAUAUACGGCUUGAUUCAGAAAUGGACAAUUCCUUUUGUGUCCAUCAAAGAGAAGAAAACUUUACUGAUGGGAAGUGGAAGCACAAGCUUUAUCCCAUUAGAAGUUAGGGAUCCAAUCAGCAAGCCAGCAGUUCCAUACAUUGGUGAAAUCCCAGGCAGUGUAAAACAAGAUAUGGCUAUAGUUUUCCAAGGAACUGUUCCUGUAGAUGCAACUAGCUUUGAAAUUAAUUUCAUGACUGGACCAACAGAAAAUGAUGACAUUGCUUUCCAGUACAACCCUCGCAUUGGUGAUUGUACUGCUCUGAACAGCAAAAGAAAUGGAACCUGGGAGACACAGGAAAGUGCAUGUCAUAAUCCUUUCACCAGAGGAGGAGCCUUCAUUAUUCUAGCAGUCAUCAAUUCUGAGGGCUAUCAGGUUUAUGUGAAUGGCAUAAAACACUGCACAUUCACGCAUCGCCUUCCCCUAGAGAAAGUUUCCAAUAUUAACAUUCGUGGAAAUAUUUCUCUUCUCGUCUGGGGUUUGAUUGAUAGCUGGAGCACAACUGCAUCCUCUACAGAACUGAAGAAAAUCACAAGCACUUGGACCUCAACUUCGAUAUCGACAACCUCUCCUUUUGAGAUUUCAAAUCCAGUCAGUAAGCCUGCACUUCCCUAUGUGGGCACAAUUCAAGGAGGGUUAAAACCAGAUACAGCUAUAUUCUUACAAGGGACUGUUCCUGCAGAUGGAAAGAACUUUGAAAUUAAUUUCAAAACUGGGCCAACUGAGGCUGAUGACAUUGCUUUCCACUACAAACCUAUCUUUGGUGAUUGUACUGCUCUAAACAGCAAAAGAAAUGGAAGCUGGGAGACACAGCAAAAUGAAUCUGAUAAUCCUUUCACCAAGGGAGGAUCCUUCCAGAUUUUUAUUGCUGUCAAACCAGAUGCCUAUGACGAAUCCGUCAAAUGUCUAAGAUAA